GAGAGAGGGAGAGCGAAACAGCCACAGAAUCUCUCAUUUAUUUCUUUGUUAUUUCUUUACGUGGGAUAAAAAAAUAAUCUGGAAGAAGAGGAUCAGCUGAAGAGCAUCAGAUCCUGGGAAGAAGAAAGAGAGGAAAACAGGCAUCCUGGCAGAAGAAUACAAGAGAGAGAGAAGGAGGGCAAGGGAGAGAGGUGAAAUCCGGGAGAUCAGGAGAGAAAAGGAAUAGAAACAGAGAUGGAAGAGGAGGUAUAGAGAGAAGGAAUGCAGGAGACAGACAGGAGAGGAGUAAAGCAGAAAAACAGAUAGUGUGAGCUCAAGGAAAAGGUGGAAGGUGAGAAGAAAAAUAGAGAUUUAGAGGGAUCAGAAUAGAAAAGAGAAACAGGAAAGACCAAAAGACAACAGACAGGGUAAUACAAUGAUAUUCAUGCAUAGAGAGUGACGGACAGCUAAGGAUACACAGAGAAAGAGCAGGGAGAGAUUACAGACAGUCUGACGGGGGAAAGAGUGGGAGAAUGGACAUAGUGGAGGUGUAGACAGAGGCAGGCAAACACCAGCAGAAGCAAAACACAUCAAGGUGCAGAGAGACCUUAGCUGUCAAAGCUGAAAAAAAAAAUUGGCUCAUUCAUUAGUGACCGGCUAGUGAUGCUUCCAUGCCUGCCUUGUGCACGUCACAGCAUCCCAGGCAUGUUUAGCAUGAGAGAUGUCAGGGAUGCAUCUAACUCAUUGGGAAAACAGUGGCCAUUGAUAAGAGAGGGGGGGCUACCAAACAGGUGCAGCAAAAAAAAUUAAAGAGACAUUGGGUUAGCACCUUGGAGAGUGACUGGGCCAUCCAGGGAUAGAAAACUACCUAAAUACUCGAAGCGACCAAUUACCUGCACAAUUCAGGAAAAAGAGGGCUACAAGCCUGUGGCAAGGAUUAGCCAAGAUCUAGUAUCGCUGCAGCUGUGAGAGAGAAACUGAACCUGCCUGCUAUAGAUCUUUAAAUGGCAAAAAUACCAGAAAACACUUGAAUAAAGAGAUGGAUACCAAGUUCUAGAGGGGUCAGCAAGAUUCAAAUGUGGAUAGUGUCUUCCAUAAACUGACUAGGAAAAAUUCUGCACAUGUGACAGUUUAGCGUAUUAUUUGCUAUCCUGUGAUCAGGCGAUAUCUAGAAGAGCUUGAAAAUCUUAGUAUCUCAGUGCUGCUAAAAAAAAAAAAGAAAUUAAAUAAAAAACAUCUACGAGGAGGCCAGCAAAAUAGAAGCAUGGCUAGCAACAUAAAGGAGUGUUCACCAUCCAAUGACUGGCACAAAUCCCAGAGUGGCUAAUUUACUAAUGAGACCCUAGGAGAGAGGCAAUAUACCUGUGGUUGGCCUAGCAUAACAGAAAAACAUUUGGAAGCGGUUUGCCAAUCAGAAUUUGGCUAAUAUGCUAAAAGGCAUCAACAUGAAGAGGCUAUCGAAUGGACUUGUAUAAUGCGAUAGAGCAGCUGAAACAAGUGACUGGCAUCCAGAUAAAAUUACAUCCCAAAAAGGAGGCUCCUGCAAAGCAUCUUGGAGUGGUGGGCGACCAUCCGGCUCCAAAAAGGCCAACUGUGAUAUUUGGACAGUGGUUAACUGUGUGAUAUCGGGCGCAGGAGGUGGGGCCUGGGCCAAGAGGCUCUACCCCUGUUGAAUCAUGUCUGCUUCAAGUUGGCUAGUAAAGGAGAAUCGGUGACACGCCAUCCCCCUUCAGCCCCCUCAAAUAUAAAACACAUUUCGCGAAAAACGAUCUACACAAUAAGACCUCCUUUGCCGGCGCGGUGAUGUUACAGAGGAGUACUCAUUGAUUGGGUUGUGCAGAGCGGUAUGGCGGGGGCCUGGCUGGUUCUGUGGGGUCUCUGUUCAGCCGCCAUAUUAUUGACUUCUUCCACUCAAGGUCUAAGUCGGGCUGCCCUUCCAUUUGGGCUGAUGCGGCGUGAACUGGCUUGUGAAGGGUACCCCAUAGAGCUGCGGUGCCCAGGCAGCGACGUUAUCAUGGUAGAGAACGCUAAUUACGGACGGACGGAUGAUAAAAUUUGUGAUGCAGACCCUUUCCAGAUGGAGAAUGUGCAGUGUUUUCAGGCUGACGCCUUCAAGAUCAUGUCGCAGAGGUGUAACAAUAACACCCAGUGUGUUGUUAUUGCGGGUUCAGACUCCUUUCCUGAUCCAUGUCCUGGUACUUACAAAUAUUUGGAGGUCCAAUAUGACUGCGUACCAUACAUUUUCGUCUGCCCGGGCACCCUACAAGAAAUAUUGGAACCCACUUCUACCCAUGAGUCAGACCAUCAGUCAGGUGCCUGGUGCCGAGAUCCCCUUCAGGCUGGUGAACGUCUAUAUGUCAUGCCGUGGAUACCAUACCGUACAGAUACCUUAACAGAAUAUGCCACAUGGGAGGACUAUGCUGCUGCCCGCCACACCACCACAUACCGUUUGCCAAGUCGUGUUGAUGGCACAGGAUUUGUGGUUUAUGAUGGGGCAGCUUUUUAUAAUAAAGAGCGCACACGCAAUAUUGUAAAGUAUGACCUUAGGACACGGAUCAAAAGUGGAGAGGCAAUUAUACCCAACGCAAACUAUCAUGAUACUUCUCCAUACCGAUGGGGUGGCAAGACUGACAUUGACUUGGCUGUGGAUGAAAAUGGUUUGUGGGUUAUCUACGCAACAGAGGGCAACAGUGGACGUCUGGUGGUGAGCCAACUAAAUCCUUACACGCUGAGGUUUGAGGGGACAUGGGAAACCACUUACGACAAGCGAUCAGCAUCAAAUGCUUUCAUGGCCUGUGGAGUCCUCUAUGUUUUGAGGUCAGUGUAUGUAGAUGAUGACAGCGAGUCUGCAGGCAACAGGCUUGAGUAUGCCUUCAACACACAUCGCAACAGAGAAGAACCACUGGGGAAUGCAGGUGCCAUAGGCCUGGAUUUCCCCAACCCUUAUCAAUAUGUGUCAUCUGUGGACUACAAUCCAAGAGACGGGCAGCUAUAUGUAUGGAACAACUUCUUUUUGGUGCGAUAUGCACUGAAGUUUGGACCACCAGACCCAGCAGAGGGUCCAGUCACCCCUACACCUUCUGUGGUCACUGUUACUGUACCUCCUCCCCCUGUGACAAUUACUACUCCCCCAUCUGCUACCACCACUGUACGCCGGCCUCCCCUCACAACCCAUCCUGUUGGGGCAAUAAACCAGGUUGGACAUGACCUGCCUACACCCGGGACCCGACGUCCUCCCCCUUCUAACCAGCAUUCUCACCCAGAAAUCGUCUGUGCUUCUCGGGAAGAGCGGAGGAUCCUGUGGCCCCAAACACAGCAAGGCGUGUUAGUAGAGAGGCCGUGUCCUAAGGGAACUCGAGGCAUUGCCUCUUUCCUCUGUCUACCAUCACUGGGUGUGUGGAAUCCCCGCGGACCAGAUCUCAGCAACUGUACUUCUCCGUGGGUCAACCAGGUGGCACAGAAGAUCAAGAGUGGGGAGAACGCAGCUAACAUAGCAGGGGAGCUGGCUCGCCACACUCGUGGACAGAUUUACGCUGGAGAUGUCACCUCAUCUGUCCGUCUCUUGGACCAACUCUUGGAUAUUCUGGAUUCUCAACUUCAAGCACUUAGACCAAUGGAGAGAGAAAGUGCUGGCAAGAAUUACAACAGGAUGCACAAGAGGGAGAGGACCUGCAAGGACUACAUUAAGGCGGUGGUGGAAACUGUAGAUAACCUUUUGCGUCCAGAUGCACUUCCUUCAUGGAGGGACAUGAAUGUAACAGAGCAGGAACAUGCAGCCACCAUGCUACUAGACAUUUUGGAAGAAGGUGCCUUCUUGCUGGCUGACAACAUCAAGGAACCAGCUCGUUUCCAGACAGCACGGACAAAUGUUGUGCUUGAAGUCUCGGUGGUGAACACAGAAGGUGUGGUCACAGAGCUGAUCUUUCCUCAAGACAAUCUAAGUCUGAGCUCUAUCCAGCUUUCAGCUAAUUCCAUCAAACAGAACAGUCGAAAUGGUGUUGUAAAAGUGGUAUUUGUCUUAUAUAAUAAUCUAGGCCUGUUCUUGUCCACCGAGAACUCAACUGUGCGUAUCGGGGGAGAAAGUGGCUCAACUGGUCACUCACUUGUGGUGAAUUCACAGAUCAUUGCUGCCUCAAUUAACAAGGAGUCCAGUAGAGUUUUUCUUAUGGACCCAGUUAUAUUCACACUGCCACAUCUCCAGACCAAGAACCACUUUAAUGCCAAUUGCACUUUUUGGAAUUACUCGGAGCGCUCCAUGUUAGGAUAUUGGUCCUCCCAAGGCUGCCGUUUGUUACACACCAACAAGACACACACGACCUGUGCGUGCAGUCACCUCACUAACUUUGCGGUGUUGAUGGCACACAGGGACAUGUACCAAGGACGUAUCAAUGAGUUGCUGCUUUCGGUCAUCUCUUGGGUGGGAAUUGUGAUCUCUCUGGUCUGUCUCGGAAUCUGUAUAUCCACUUUCUGCUUCCUCCGAGGUCUUCAGACAGACAGAAACACCAUCCACAAGAACCUAUGUGUCAGCCUAUUCCUUGCAGAGCUACUCUUCCUUACUGGAAUUGACAAAACACAGUACCAAGUGGUGUGUCCUAUCCUAGCUGGACUCUUGCAUUUCUUCAGUCUGUCAGCAUUUUCCUGGUUGUGCCUGGAGGGAGUGCAGCUCUACCUCAUGCUAGUGGAGGUGUUUGAAACCGAGCACUCUCGCCGCAAGUACUACUACCUCUGCGGAUACGUUUUUCCUGCACUUGUUGUGGGGAUAUCGGCAGCUGUUGAUUACAGGAGCUAUGGCACGGACAAAGCUUGCUGGCUGCGAGUUGAUAAUUAUUUUAUCUGGAGUUUUAUCGGUCCCGUGUCCCUUGUUAUUGUGGUAAACCUCCUUAUCCUCAUGGUAACUCUCCAUAAGAUGCUUCGAUCCUCCUCUGUUUUAAAGCCAGACUCAAGCCGCCUGGAAAACAUCAAGUCCUGGGCCCUUGGUGCAGUUACCCUGCUCUUCCUUCUUGGCCUUACAUGGGCUUUUGGACUCCUGUUUUUUAAUAAGGAGUCCCUUGUACUGGCAUAUCUCUUCACCACCUUCAAUGCUCUGCAAGGCCUUUUCAUCUUUAUCUUCCACUGUGCUCUGCAGAAGAAGGUGCACAAGGAAUACAGCAAGUGUCUUCGGCACUCAUACUGCUGCGUAAGAGGGCCAGGUGCAGAGCAUGGCACCCUGAAAUCAACCGUUAACAGCCGAUACUACACACAAAGCCGGAUUCGCAGAAUGUGGAAUGACACUGUGAGGAAGCAGACGGAGUCUUCAUUCAUCGCUGGGGACCUCAAUAGCACUCCAACAUUGAAUAGAGGUACUAUGGGUAAUCAUUUGCUGACCAAUCCUGUGCUGCAGAGUCGUGUGGGCACCAGUCCAUACAACACUCUAAUAACAGAAUCUGUUGGUUUCAGUCCUUCCUCUCCAGGAUAUAACGCAACAGGGAGUUUCAGAGAUCCUAAGCAUACCUUAAGUCGAGACCCUUGUGGCAAGGAUCCUCUGCCUCCUCUCCCUCUGAAUGGUAAUUUUAAUAACAGUUACUCCCUCCGUGCUGGAGACUUUCCCCCUGAUCCUUCUAAGCUGACGGACGGCACUGGAGGAGGACGACGAAAUCUGAGUGAUGCGGCAGCCUUUGAAAAGAUGAUAAUUUCAGAGUUGGUGCACAGCAAUCUGCGGGGGAAAUCACACGUGGGACCAACAGAAUCAGCAGAUGAAGAGGUGACCACAGGCGCCGUGGCAGAAGGAGGAGAGGUGCCUACAUUGGAGAUGGAACGCAUGUACAAGGCUCUUGAGGAACCUCUCCUCCUGCAAAGAGCGCAGUCCAUCCUCUACCAGAGUGAUCUGGAGGAGUCUGAGGCAGAAGCAGCCCCACGUGACUCUCCAAAUCGCGACUCUCUCUAUACAAGCAUGACCAACCUCAGAGACUCUCCAUAUCCGGACAGCAGCCCUGAAACGGGCCUACCAUCAGCUGGGGAGAUGUUGCCGUGCCACCAGGGUGUGCCCCCACCUACGGGAGCAGAUGCCAUGUACUUCCCCAGCCGACUGGGGUCUGUGCCCCGGGGGCAAUUACAGGCCUUCUACCAGAUGCCCCAGGGGUUUCUGGGUCUAGAGGGGGCAGUGCCCGAGGGAGACGGGCAGAUGCAGCUCAUCACCAGCCUCUGAACUUACUCAACCACACAUGACACCAACCCCAUUAACUCCUUAUAAAAUUCUGCCCUGUCUCCAUUACAGAAGAAAAAUAGCAAGGUCAGACGGAGGGAAGGGGGCAUAUAUUUACGGGCUACUUUGUUUGGGUGUAAGAGUGAGAGCAAGAUGCUGUCUUUACCUAUAGAAUGUUGAUUUGGAAACACAAGUAGUAUAUGAACCAUGACUUCUUGGAUUUCCUCUUUUUUGCCCCUGUAGGUUUGGGAAGGGGAUAAGUUGUGGGGGGAGUGAAGAAACAAGUAGGGGCUAUUGGUGCCAAAAAUAUGCCCCAGUGAAUUUCUACAGAAACAAACCUUGAGUUUGGUGCUGAAACAUACAGUAUUGUUGUCCAGCCAAUCAGAAUACAGAAUAAGAAGAGACAUAAGAGAAGGUAGGCCAUGAAACAGGAUGAUUACUUUGCCAAGGGAAGAUAGGGAUACCAGAAAAAUAAUGGCAAACACUCCAAGUUAAAGGAUUCUAAAAGCAAGAAGAAAGCUUUAGAAUGCAAUAAGUGGUGCCAAAUAACCAACGGAGCUGCAAGAUACUGCAUAGCUAGAAAAACAAUGAUUAUUCGGUCUACAAUUUGGAAAUACAUGUGUGCACUUAUAAGAGAUAUCCAAUUACAUGUACCUUUUUUCAAAAGGGAAAAGAAUUGCAAUUGAAAAAAAAAGAAUGCGAGGUAGUGUUUUAGGGCUUCUUAUCCAAAACAGGGAGAUACCCUUUAUUCAAUACUGAACUUUUUCCUUGCAUUUUUUUUAAUAUACAGAGUUCCCCCCACCACCUUUUAUCCCCACCCAAACACCUUCCCUCCUUAUGAAAAUACUUUUUUUUCCGUUAUGGAUAGUAUGGAUUAUGUUUCAAUGUGGGUAGAAGAACCAAAUGCCUGACCACCAUUUUUCCAUUACUAGGGUAAUGGGUUAUAGAUUUAAAACAAUGAUGGUUGGAUUACAAAUCCGGACUACAACUGCCCUGCAUAUUCUUUAUUUAAGCACAAAAUGCCCCCUUUCCCUCCUCUCAUCCAGGGAGGAACAAAGGAACUUUAAAACAGGGGGAAGCGAGUGUCUUUUCCGACUGCUGUAAAUAUCGAACUUCUAAGGCGGGAAGGGAGAGAAGAGGGGAGAUACCGACAACCUCCCCCAAUUAUCCAAGGUGCGGAUUUGACCAGUAGUGGGGCAUUUGUUUAUUUUAUUUAUAUAGAUUUGCCUUCUGCAAUGAGUUCAAAAUGGCCGUCCUGCCAUAUUCUGUUUCCCAAAGAAUCAACCCUUACCCCAUGUUUAUAACUUUGAUUUCCCCUGUAUCUAUGUUUGUCUGUAUUAAUUUAUUUUGCAUGUUGACCUAGCACUUAUUGAUUUUUUUUCCUGAAUUAAGGCCGUUAGAGGCCAUGAUUAAAAUUGAGAUAUAUAUAAUUGGGUAAAUCUCACACAAAAAAAAAAAAAAAAAAACCACCAUAUGUGGUUUUAACUGAGGCAGACACAGAUUAUUGUUAUUUAUUUUUUAACAAACAGUUGUAAGCCUUUAAGCACAAGGAUAUAUCACUUUGAUUUAUUUUUGGUAAAAUAUAGCCACCCAUGGCACCUUGCCUUGACCACAGUUAUCCCAGAAGGGUUUAUUUACCCAGCUCUCUGCUGCUAACCUGAGGCCAUGCGUUAGAGGGAUCAGUGCAAUACAGUACUAAUUUCAGGGUCAUAUCAAAGGUAUCACUUUGGAUCCUCUUGUGCCUCAUUCUGCAGCUAUCUACAGAUUUAAGCUCUGUCUGCCUCUCCAACAGCUGUGGAUCACAACCCCCAUUAUAGUUGUAGCUUAGAUAGGCUUGUAGACAACCAGUCAACCAGUUGCCUAUCACAGUAACUAAGGGUGUAUUCACUAAAGAUACUAAAUAGUGAGUUAUGAAUAGUAAAGAACCAAGUUGCAAAACUUAGGUCACAAAAAGUUAUCUAUAUCGACUGAGUUGGAAAGGUUUUGCUACUUGGCUAUGAAUUCAUUGUUUAGUGCAUAAACCCCUAAAUGUAACUUUAACAACACUAUACGUACUGCUAAGUAUUUGCUCACAUAUUUGUUUUGGCUGCACAAGUUAAUGCCCAAAGCUAUAUAAUAUAUCUUCUUUAUGUUAAAACUGUUAAAAGUUAUAUACAACUCUAAAUAAAUAUAAAGAUUAUAUAUAUAUAUAUAUAUAUAUAUAUUUUAAAAGGACAUAACACAUAUUGGAGAGUUUAAAUAUAGGAUCGCAGGCUGAAAAUAAUUAAUUGGUUUUAGGCUGCCAUCUUGUAGGAGUUCUAGAUUUUCACUAAUUACUAGGUCUAUGUUAUUUCCUCAAUAUCAUGUCUAUUUACUGAAUGUUAGUAGAUGUGUUGUUGGCUCUCGCAUCCAUGUAGGCAUAGGUCAUAAGAUUCACCCAUGAUCUGCGAAGUUGGAACAAACAGUGACAACAACAAAACAAUUUUGUAAACGGAUUUAGCAUCGACACACUUUAUUAACAUUAUCUGUGUUAUCAUAAGUUAAAAACAUAAUUGCUCCUCAAACAUGCAUUGUGUUGAGCAACAUGUCCCUAAUUGUUGACUGCUUUUGAACAGGAGCUAUCAGUGAGUUUCAUGUGACAUUGUAGGAAAUUAGUGACUUCCGAAGUGAUGAUGUUCUACAGAUGGACUUUCUCGUAGUAAGCUUAAUGCAAAAACCAAAGUACAUAGUCCACAGUUACAGUGUAUGUACCACGUCAAACAAGUCACCUCAAGGACCACAGCUGUUGCACGCAGCACACUAUACAUGACUGAGCUGGUGGAUUGUUUGUUUGCGAAUCAGUAGGAUGGAUAACAAACAUUUUGCAAAACUAAAAAAUUUAAUUUAGAAAGCAAGUAAGCAUAAGCUAACAACAAAAUAGUACUCACUUGUAAAGAGUAAAUUGUGGGCAAAGUUCAUCAUGGAAACCAAUAAACCGGUCCUUUGAAUUCUCCAUUGCAGAAUUGCUCUCUAUGCAUAUCUUCUAUAAAGUUCUAUUUAUGAAGUCCGUAAGGUGGAAUAUACACCUUGAAACCCACUACAAUGUUCAUGCAGGUGACUCCAUAUUGAACACUUUGCCCUGAAAUUUAUCUUUAUGUACAACCCUUGUUGUUUCCGCAUUGGUUUACAAAUUCCAUGAUAAAUAGUGUAAACAAAAAUCUGCUCCCAAGUACUCCCUGAGUACUGCUUAACAGCAAUGAUUUAGAUGGAGGGAUAUUCCACCACCCUAGGGAUUUUUUCAAAACAUUACCUGAUAUAUGGCCUUUGACAGCAUUGGCAUUGCUAAUCACAUCAAGAUGCGUUACUUUGUUUGCUAUUGUAAAUGUGAAAGAAUGUUCUAUGUUCAAAAAUACAUAGAGGGAGAUGUAUAAACCAAUGCAUGUGGAUGUUUUCAAUACAGGGUGUCUGAACAGUGUUUGCAUACGUGAACAAAAACAUCCGUGAACAAAUAGGAGGCACAAUUGAGGUUUUUUAUUUUAUUCUCACAUGUUUUUUAGCAUUGAGGUCAUUGGAGGAUCCUGUGAGAUUAGCUGAAUAUCUCUGCAGGUAUUAUAUCAUAUUAUAGAUAUAUAAUUUUUAAUAUACUUUUUUUAGACAUGGAAAAAGUCUAUUUAAAGUGACUCCGCCAUUUGUAUUUUAUUUUUAUUUACUUAUGCCCCUUGCCCCUAAUGAUUAGACUCCCCUAUAUGGCACUUGCCUUAUCAUACAAGACCAUAUAAAAAGGUGAAAAGGCACACACAAUUAUUAUGAUUGUCUCCUGUAGUUUAAAAAUCUAUGUGACAUAAAAAAGAAAUAUCAUAGUGCAGUAUGUAUGUACAAAAAUAGAUUGGGGCAUACAUAAUAAUUAUGUUUUCUUGCUUGCACCAGACCAUAUACCUGGCCUCCUGCGUUUUGUUUUCUUCAGUCCACGAUGUCUGCAGUUUGACCUCAGGUGGGAUUCUUGACCGAUGGGUUAUGGAUAAAUUUGCUUAGCAACUGAAAUGAAACUUUGCUUAAACUCCGCCAAUUGCUAAAGAUUGUGCUUUGCAAGAGAAAAUGUAGUCCCUAUUUUAUUUCAUGUAUAACUAAAACAACUACAGUGUAUUUAAAAUUUUAAAACCAGAAAUAGAGGGAUAGGAAUGAUUAAUUGAUAAGGAAACCUGCAAAAUGGCACAGCUAGUUCAAGACAUUAAAACGUUUAAAAAGGUAUAUCAUUUUACAUACUUAAAGUCACGAUACAAGCAAAAUUGCUAUUACUGGAUAUUUAGUUACUGCAUAGUCAUAAUAGCCAUCAGUAUGCCUCUAUAGGAUAGAGCAUGUCUCGUUCCAUUUUGAUGCUGAUGUCACAAUAGCGCUUUAUUUGUACCUGUAAAUAUUCAUAUGUGUUUUCCAAUUUCAUUACUUUUUUUAAGAGACAUUUUUAUACAUAUCCUUCUAUGUAUUUUUACUAAUUUUAAUAGAACACUGACACUUUCAGAUGUGAAAUGUUGUAUUUCGGUGUUGCCGGGCUCUGCCUUUUGAGUUCUGUUCACUAUAUGCCAAGGUGAGGUCAGUCAUCACACCACUAAUAAAAAAAAUUACUAGUUCAAUUUUUCCAGACCAAUGAAAUCCACAAGCUGUGUAUCUCCCCCAAGGAACACACUACAAAAUGUAUUUUUCAUUAUUAUUUUUUUUCCAUGUGAUACUUACGUAAGUACAAUAAUUCCAUCAAAUACAGAUAAUAAUAGUAAAGUAUUUUUUACGAGGAAGGAUACAUUUAGAGUUCUCUAGUUUUCAAAUAUAUUUUGGGGUGUAUAUCACAGACCAUUUGAAUUUAAAUGACGUCUUUCAAUAUGAGAUGUACAAAGGGUUACACUGCAAAGCAGUUAGCAUAAAAUCUCACUCUAUACACAUAUCCGUACCCCAGAAAUGAAUCACGCUCUAAAGCAGGGUUGUCUAAUCUGUGGUUGGACUAUGACACCUGUAAUUAUCUACCAGCUAGUAGGAAAUGUCGAAAAACCAAAGAUGGACAACCCUGUGAUUACUCCUUUGUGUGCCAAAGCUUUGCACUCAUCUGGCACUCAAUGGUCACAUCAUCAGAGAGAGGCGAUGACGGCCCUAUCAACGUCCUGAGUAAAUAAGUAAUUGCACAAAUUGAGAUUUUGUAUAUAUGUAUGUCAUUGUGAUUUAUUUUUUUUUGUUGUUGUUGCUAUUAAGUGUUCUGCUAGUGAUUUUACUAAGGUUGGCCAAACAUAGCCCCAGAUGCUGAUGUGGGCAAAGGGUUAAAUACCUCUCCGCCCCCCUCCCCUCCUCUCUCUCUCUCCUCCUCUUUCGUUUUCUUUUUCAUAUGCCAAAACCAGAAAUGGGUCGAACGCCAUUCAACGAGCGAACAAAAAUAAAAUUUAAAAAAAAACUAUCGUACAAAAGACUGAACUGAUAUCUGUACGAAGAAAAUUCUAAAAAAAAAAAAAAAGACAA